UACAUCGCGUGGACGUGUUUUAUUAUGUAUUUUUCGAUUGGUGAAACAGCUUUUCACACAAUUUUAAACACCAAUUCCAAACAAAUUCAAAUGUAUUGUUAGAUGUUAAGCGGUUGAACCGAUUCGCGCGGCCUCUUGAAAAGUGUGUGAUUCGACGUCCUCGAGUUCUUUAUUUUCUAUGUAAAGUGUUCUCAAAAGUCGUCCAAAGAUCCGCAAAACCAAGAACAAAAAUAAAAAAUAACAAUCGUCAAAAAAUUUAUCAUUAAACAAUACGAAUAUGUUAGCACGGAAAUACGAAUUGAGUCCACGUGUGCCGCCCGUGCACGAGAGGAUUGCUCUGCAGUGUGCCAAGAACAUCUGCAAACUGGCCGCAGCUCUGCCCAAGCCACGCACUCUCACCGGACAUCUGCCGGUGCUUGUGGAGCUGCGCGCUCAAGGUGAGCCCAACACUGUCUAUCGCUAUCAGGUGAAUUUGCCGCCCAGCAGCACCGAAAACGAUCAUCUAAUGCAAACCGAUGAGGCCAAGGCGUUAAGCAAUAAAUUGCAUUUACCUUGCCCCGUCCAUGAUCAUCAGUUCGAUCCAAAUGCUUCUCCGCUGGCGGGUAACAAUCCGCUGGAGGAUCCGCCGCAGCUGGUUAUGGUGCAGGAGAGCGUGCAUGUGGUGUCCAAUCAAGCCAACGACGAUGGCAACAAUUACAAUGUCUCUACGUUCCAGAACAAUGGCUAUGCCAUUGGAGCAACUAAAACAGCCCAUGAUCACUUCAUGGCCACGCUGCACGAACAGCAGCCGAGUCCACUGCAGUUCACCAUGCUCUGGGCCAAGCAUAACUAUGACUAUGAUGAGCAACAGCAGCAACUGCAGUAUGAACAGCCAUUGCUGAUGGUCCCGGUCGAUAUGUUGCCGACACAACUCCAUGUGCAACCGCCGAAAGGAAUUGAUCAACUUCCGCUGCAGCCAAGGCAGCUGAAUGGCUACAAACCGACUUCAUCGCGCAAGUCCUCUAAGCCAAGGCCGAAUAGUUCCACCAGGUUGAUCUUUCAACCACAACCGCAAUCGCAAGUGCAACAGCAAUCAGCCGGUUGUAACUUUGGCUUCGUGUCACCUCAGCAGUUGAAUGCAUCGCCGAGUGCUGCUCGCAACAUUAAUUUAGUGCUUGAGCCAGGCGAACAUAAUGGAAAGGUCUCUUGUGAUCCUCAGCAGCAACAGCAGCAUAUGAGUGGCGAUCAGAUACGUUCCAUCUGUCGCCAAUUGACACGUGUGCUUGAGCUUGGGCACCCAUUUGAGAAGCGUCAGCAACUGGAGCAGAAUCAUACAUUAACCGAUCAACAAAAAUAUAAGCGUAUUUUUGAUUCCUUGGUGACAACACAGAUGCCACCUGAGCUUUCAUCCUUAUUCCGCUGGGACUGCUGCCAUCUGUGCCACACGGCAAUGCGCACAGUGCGCAACGCCCUGGAUCAUUACAUGUCUAGGUCGCACCAGCGUCGCGUUGACUCUUGGCUCAUACGCCGUAGCUUCGCAAAGGGUCACAAUUUAUCGGAGGAUAUGUUGCGACACUUGCGCAGCUCCGGCCCGGUUGUCUUGCACUGCGAUCUCUGUGAUCUGAAGCUGACAUCGGCGAUACAUGCACGUCAGCAUUUCGACGGACGUCGGCAUCGGCUCGUGGAGCGCCACAUUAGUAAGCCCAACGGUGAGGGCUACUACGACAAGGCGGGACACUGGGUGCGCACCAAUAACAAGUGGCUGGCGUGCAAGGUUUGCGAUGUCAUCGUCACCUCGGAGCCUCAGCUGGCCAUACACAUGGCCGGAGUGCGUCAUCGCAAACGAGAACGUACCCCGGGACCGUUUUCAUUGGCGGAGCCAUACAAUGGCAAUCAUAUGUAUCGCAUUCAUCCAAAUGGUUUGCUGUCGCCCCUUAAUCCAAGCGGCAAUUACGUGUAUGCCAAGCACGAGGUACGCAAAUUUAAUGAUCCCAAUGCCACCUAUUAUUGUGGGGUAUGCAACAUUACGCUGAAUCACAUCAAGUCGGUCAAACAACAUGAGAAUGGACGCACGCAUAACAAGAAACUGGGGAAGAUGUUGCGAUCGCCGCAAGUGUUUCUCAAUGCGUCUGCAUCCUCUCGAGCCCUAUGAUCUGAUCAACAUCAUCAUAUACGAUAUGGAAUUAAAUACGUUGCAAGCUACAGUAAAAGCCAAGCCCAACAACUUCUGGUGCCGGGACGUGCAUAGUGCCAUAUUGUUAACAAUUUAUUUUUGAAAUACAUUACUUUUUCAUAUGUUUCAUAUGUCUAACCAUAUUUCGUAUAAUAAAUAUAA